AUGGAAGCCACAGCGGAGCCCGUGCUCUAUCGGAAGCUGCUGCUCUGGGAGCAGAGCUGGGAGUCCGGGGACGAAGAGGAGGAGAUAGCGGAGCUGCUCGUUCCGGGCCCCUGGGCGCCCCGGGACUCCUCUGGGAAGAAAGUCGGUGCUCGGCCCGGGGCCUGGGCUCAGCUAGUGGCCGCCCUGCUGCUGCUGGCCGUUGGCUUCUCCCUGGCCGCGUGGCAACUCCACACCAGGGCUAGCUCUACCGGAACCUCGGGCUCCGGGGCCCCUCCCCCCGGCGGGCACUCCCACCGCCCUGGCGUAUACCACCACGGCGCCAUCAUCAGCCCUGCAGCUCCGUGCUCGGACCUGGGCCAAGAGCUGCUCGUUGCCGGGGGCAACGUCGUGGACGCCGGAGUUGGAGCAGCUUUGUGCCUGGCAGUAGUGCAUCCUCACACCACAGGGCUAGGUGCCAUGUUUUGGGGCCUCUUCCACAAUAGCUCCUCAGGCAAUUCAACUGCCCUGACAUCAGGCCCAGCCCAGGCCCUGGUCCCCGGCCUGGGGCUGCCCUCGGCUCUGCCUGCCCUGCGCUUGCUGCACACACGCUUCGGCCGCCUGCCCUGGCCACGGCUGCUGGUGGGCCCCACCACUCUGGCUCAAGAGGGUUUCCUGGUGGACACACCCCUGGCCAGGGCUCUGGCAGCCCAGGGCACAGAGGGCCUCUGUCCACUACUUUGCCACACUGACGGGACCCCCCUGGGACCAGGGGCCCGUGCCACCAACCCAAAACUGGCAGCCGUGCUACGCAGGGCAGCAGACUUUGCUGAGGAUGCUCUACUGAGUCUGCUGGCCCAAGACCUGGGGCUGGAGGCACCUUCAGCUGAGCCUAUGCCCACCUUGGAGCCAGCACUGCAGCUACCUUCAGCCCAGGGUAUCCUGUUCACCACACCCAGCCCCUCAGCUGGCCCAGAGCUGCUGGCAUUGCUGAAGGCAGCCCUGCAGCCUGGAGGACCCAGCCCUGAGCCCUGCCCACCACCCCUACACGCUAACGAGACCCCCGUGAGCAGCAUCCUGGCCACCGUGGACAGCAGCGGCUCUGUGCUCCUUCUCAUCUCCUCACUCAACAGCUCCUUCGGCUCUGGACGCCUGUCCCCAAGCACUGGGGUUCUACUCAGCAACCUGGUGGACAAGUCCGCAACUAGUACCUGGGCCUGCCCCCUCAUUCUUCGUGGCAGCCCAGAUGGCACAGAGGACGAUGUGUUGGGGCUGGUGGCUUCAGGGACCCCCGCUGUAGCCAGAGUCACAAGUCACGCCCUGCUCAGCCACCUGGCUGGGUCCCAAACCCAGGCCCAGCACCAGCACCAGCACCAGCACCAGCAAGGACCAACAGAGCACUCCGGGGUUUGUGGCCAAGGAACCAUGCUCCAGGUGGCAGCCCAUGCAGAGCACGCCCACGUCUCCAGCGUACCCAGUGGCUGCUGCCCCUUCCAGGGCUUCUAA